GGGGCGGGAUCGCUGGGAGGCGGAAGCAGCCGGAGGCAUGGCGGCGGUCGUGCCGCUUUUUCUGCUGGUAUUGCUGCUUCUGGGGCCGAGCGGCUGGGGCUAUGCAGAGCCCCCACGCGACAGCCUGCGGGAGGAGUUGGUCAUCACCCCUCUGCCUUCUGGGGACGUAGCCGCCACAUUCCAGUUCCGCACUCGCUGGGAUUCGGAGCUGCCACGGGAAGAAGUGUCUCAUUAUAGGCUCUUCCCCAAAGCCCUGGGACAGCUGAUCUCCAAGUAUUCUCUACGCGAGCUGCACCUGUCGCUCACCCAAGGCUUCUGGAGGACUCGAUACUGGGGGACACCCUUCCUGCAGGCCCCCUCAGGUGCAGAGCUCUGGGUCUGGUUCCAAGACACCGUCACUGAUGUGGAUAAGUCUUGGAAGGAGCUCAGUAACGUCCUCUCAGGGAUCUUCUGCGCCUCUCUCAACUUCAUCGACUCCACCAACACGGUCACGCCCACCGCCUCCUUCAAACCCCUGGGGCUGGCCAAUGGCACGGAUCACUACUUCCUGCGCUAUGCCGUGCUGCCGCGGGAGGUUGUCUGCACUGAGAACCUCACCCCAUGGAAGAAGCUCUUGCCCUGCAGUUCCAAGGCAGGCCUCUCUGUGCUGCUGAAGGCUGAUCGCCUGUUCCACACAAGCUACCACUCCCAGGCUGUGCACAUCCGCCCUGUGUGCAGAAAUGCACGCUGUACCAGCAUCUCCUGGGAGCUGAGGCAGACCCUUUCCGUUGUAUUUGACGCCUUCGUCACCGGGCAGGGGAAGAAAGACUGGUCCCUCUUCAGGAUGUUCUCGCGAACCCUCACUGAGCCCUGCCCCCUGGCUUCAGAAAGCCGAGUCUAUGUGGACAUCACCAGCUACAACCAGGACAAUGAGACCUUGGAAGUGAACCCGCCGCCCUUUACCACAUACCAGGACGUCAUCCUGGGCACCCGGAAGACCUAUGCCGUCUAUGACUUGUUGGACACGGCCGUGAUCAACAACUCGCGUAGCCUCAACCUCCAGCUUAAGUGGAAGAGACCCCCAGAGAAUGAGGCCCCACCCGUGCCCUUCCUGUACGCCCAGCGGUAUGUGAGCGGCUAUGGGCUGCAGAGCGGGGAGCUGAGCACGCUGCUGUACAACACCCACCCGUUCCGGGCUUUCCCUGUGCUGCUGCUGGACACCGUGCCCUGGUACCUGCGGCUGUACGUGCACACCCUCUCCAUCACCUCCAAGGGCAAGGAGAACAAACCGAGUUACAUCCACUACCAGCCUGCCCAGGACCGGCUGCAGCCCCACCUCCUGGAGAUGCUGAUUCAGCUGCCGGCCAACUCGGUCACCAAGGUCUCCAUCCAGUUUGAGCGGGCGCUGCUUAAGUGGACCGAGUACACCCCGGACCCCAACCAUGGCUUCUAUGUCAGCCCAUCUGUCCUUAGCGCCCUUGUGCCCAGUGUGGUGGCAGCCAAACCCAUGGACUGGGAAGAGAGCCCUCUGUUCAACACCCUGUUCCCAGUCUCUGACAGCUCCAACCAUUUCGUGCGGCUCUACACGGAGCCACUGCUGGUGAGCCUGCCGACGCCGGACUUCAGCAUGCCGUACAACGUGAUCUGCCUGACGUGCACGGUGGUGGCUGUGUGCUACGGCUCCUUCUACAAUCUCCUCACGCGGACCUUCCACAUCGAGGAGCCCAGCACGGGCGGCCUGGCCAAGAGGCUGGCUAACCUCAUCCGGCGGGCUCGCGGCGUCCCCCCGCUCUGAGGCUCGCCCCACCCCCAACAGCUGGGCAGCUGUUUCUCCCUGGAGAGGGGCAGUGAUGGUGACCCUGAAGGCUCUUGCUGCCACUUGCUCUCCCCAGAGGUGGCUUUUGAACCAAACUGCCCCCUGGAUGAGACUAGGGCCUAGAGUAGCUGGCAGCCAGAUGUGGCGUUUGAAUGGAAAUUAAUUUAAAUUGAAAAUGCAUUUCCUCCGCUGUACUAGCCCCAUGUCAAGUGUUCAGUAACCGAAAGUGAUUAGUGGCUUCUGUAGUGGGCAGCGCGGAGAAAUGUUUCCACUGUUGCAGAAACUUCUGUGGGACAGCCCUGGCCUGGCUAGCAGGGUGUGCUGAAGACUUUGUCGUUGGCUGGUAGAUGGAGUUUACGGGUUGUGGAAUUAGAAAGUGUCUGCCCCGUUGGUUCUUGGCCUCCUGUCCUUGAGGCCUGUGGAGAGCUGGGGACUCGGGCUUGCUUGCUCGGUGCCUGAACAGGACCUCCUAACCCAUCCACCCCACUCCUGCAAAAGAACCCCAACCAACCAACCAAAUAAAACCUCCCUACAUCCUCCCA